GGUUGCAUAUCGAUAAAAAGCAUUUCCGUCUCAAAAUCGGAUAAUUUUUUUCUUGGCAAGUUAAGGGUUUCAAAUUGGAUUUGGUACCACCGCAAUCCACUUGCUUGACCUAGUUUUGUCAGCAAGUACGCCGGCGCCGGCGAUCUCAGAUAAUCAUUUCUCGGUGUCAUCGGAAAUUAUGGACGAUCUCCCUAUACACAAGAUUCAAAUCUCCGGUACCUCUCUAGCCUCUGUCCUCCACCGUUUCUUCUCAUCCUCCGGUGACAUCCACGGUCUACUCUUCGGCCAUGUGUCAUUCUCCACCACCAUCUCUCUCUCCGAUGACCUCACGUCCAAUUUCUCCACCGUAACCACCGCGGACUCCGCCUCAUGUUCCGCCGCCGAUGGCCCAACUCUUACCGCCACUAUCACCGAUUUCCUCUCCAUCCCUUCCCACUUUCCCCUCCCUUUACAGCAUAAACACCGUGAGGACCCUUGCUCCGUCCUUCUAGGGUGGUUUUCCGGUCGCAGGAAAACCCCUUUGAGACCCUCUUUGAAGGAUUCUACUACUACCCUUUAUCUGUCUUCCUCUGCUUCUCACUCUUUUACUCCUCAAAAUUCUCCGUAUCAACUUUCUCUGCCACCAUCUCUGUUCCUUCUGUUAUCGACGCCGUUUCAGGAACAACUGAUUCAUACCCAUGAGUACAAAGUUUUCCAAUACCGAAUUUCCACUGAUUCAUUCGACCCCAAAAGUCUAGAUAUUAUCAAUAUCGGUCCAUCGUUUCGAUCCCAUUAUGGUUCUUUCAGUCCUAUUUCCCCAUUCCCUUCAAUGACAUGUGACUUGAGGGGACCUAAUGCAAUGGCAGAGGAUGAAAAGGUGGAAACCUUGGUUGGUAUUAAGAGGGGUUUGAAGGAUCAGAAGGAAUUGGAUUUGUGUGCUGAGGGUUUUGAAAUUGGGAGAUUGAGCAAGUUGAUGGGCUCAGAUUCGUCAAAUUAUACUGCUGAAUUGGAGCAUUUAUAUGAUAAAAUGCUUCUUAAACUUGAUAGUUUGGCUAGAUUGGUGGAAAAGAGCUCUGCGAAGGUUCUUGAACAGGAAAACCAUAAUAUGAAAUUAAGGUACAAAGUUGCAGGCUUGGAAUGAACUUUGAUAAUUCACUCGGAAUUUCUCCUUUUGUAAGAUACUGAUUAAGACUACAGGUACUGAUGAAGCCUUUAAAUAGAAUUGGUGUUUGUAGGUGUGUGCAGUUUUGAUGAACUGAGUUGAAGAUCGUCACUACUUUUUCUGCCAUUCCUCAAUGUAUUUCUAGCUAUGUAAGUUUUACCUCGUUUGUAUUAAAAGACGGCCUUCUUUGUUCAUAUUCCCCAAUUGGUUAAAAUUUUUGCUUAGUUUUGGAUUGAAUCUCCA